AUGGCAACCAAGCAAUCUUCCCAUCACUUGCCAUUGCCUCAAUCGAGCCACAGCUGCUCUUGCAGCCAUCACUAUGGGACUGGUAGCAUGUCGUCAGCUCCACCAACCAACCCCGCGACCCCAACGCUUAGCCAUUUAAGCCUUGCGAACCACGGCCGAGGCGAACCAGACGUCCCUGAGUCUUGGACCCUCAUGGACCCUGUUGCGCCAACCUGCACUGCCGGGUUUAGUCAGGCCUACUCCCAGAGCUCUUCUGAGCUCUGCAUCUUCGCUGACCUCCUUAUCCCCGGCCGUGGUGACCCCGUGCCCAAAGCUGCCGUAGGCAUUUCAACCGAGGAUGGCUCCAUUACCUACGUGGGACCACAGUCACACAUGCCUCAGCACCUCUGGGCAGCAUCCCGCACAACUACCCAUCCGGCCACUCUUGGUGCCAUGAUAACACGUGGACUUCAUGAUACUCUUAUGGCUGGCUUCACCUCGGUCAGAGAUGUAGGCUCGUAUGCCACUGAGGUAGCUCCUCUUGUCGAUUCCGGGUUCUUACUCGGACCUAACAUCUUUGGCGCUGGAGCUGCCAUUGGGAUUACUGGCGGCAGCUGUGAUGCAUGUACUUUGCUGGGCGACUUUGUUGCGACACGCCAAGGCACUUCGCCCCUCCACCCCUGGCCGGGUGUAGCAACCCUCGUCAUUGCCGACGGUGUUGAUGAGUGCCGCCGCGCAGUCAGGCAGCAGAUCAGGCGCGGUGCUCGAUGUAUAAAGGUUGUAGCAACCGGUGGUGUUCUCAGCACUGCCGAUGACCCUCAAUACCGUCAGUACUCAGACGAAGAGCUGCAUGUCCUUAUGAGCGAGGCACAGUUGCAGGGUAGAGCUGUGGCCAUCCAUGCCCACGGCAAGUCAGGCAUUAUGGCUGCAGUUCGUGCGGGAGCCAAGACUAUUGAGCACGGCAGUUAUAUCGAUGAGGAGGCUGCUGAGCUUAUGGUUGCACGAAAUGUGUCUCUUGUGGCCACCCGUAAGGUAAUAGAGGCAGGUCUGAAGAACCUCGACUCGUUGAACCCUCCUACGGCGCUUAAGAUGAAGAAUAUUGCUGCGCAGCAUGCCCACGCCUAUGCUUUGGCUAUCCGCAAGGGCGUUAAGAUUGCCCUGGGCACUGAUAUUAGCGGCUCGAAUCCUAAGUCGGGCACCGCCCAUGGUAAGAACGGUGCUGAGCUGGUAUAUGCGGUUGCCGCUGGCCUGUCGCCUCUGGGAGCUAUCGAAGCUGGCACUAUCAACUCCGCAGAAACCCUAGGCCCCCAAACCCCCAAGAAAGGGCUAAUCAAGGUUGGCUGGGAUGCUGAUAUGAUUGCUUUAAAUGAAAACCCACUUGACAACAUUCACCUGUUUGCCAACCCCGAGAAUAUCAAGUACGUUUGGAAGGGUGCAAUGUUGGUUAAAUCCCCACAAGGACAGAUGCUGUGGCCGCCUCUGAAGUAG